AUGGUAAUGAGUAAGAAUCCAACACGUAAAUUAGAUUCUACGGACAAUGAAAAAUUCCCAGAGGAUGUUUUGAACGAACUAAAUAUUUGUUAUCGUGUUUGUUUCAAAUUUGUCCAGAAAGAAAUUGAAGACGAUGAUGAUAAAGGUGUUUGCGUAUGUAAUAAGCUACGAGAAAGUCAUAAAGAUCGAAGUUAUCCUGAAAAAGAAGAUGUUAAAUGGACUAUGGAUCUAAAUACUAAAGUAAAACCAGAGCCUGCUUAUGGUAUACUGCCAAAUGGUGCAUUGUAUUUACGACUUGCCAUGGAUACACCGAAAGAAAAAGUUGCAAGACUUCUUUUUGACGUAUGGAGAAUCCGAAAACCUCGAUUAAUUAUGUCAAUUAUUGGAGGUGCAAAAUAUUUUACACUAAGUGAUCGACUUGAAUCCAAUUUUAUUAAUGGUAUUACUGAAGUUGCACUCAAGUCCGAUGCAUGGUUAAUCACAAAUGGUUAUAAUGCUGGUAUUGUUCAUCUUGUUGGACAAGCGAUUAAUAAAGUUAAAUUUACAAAAUUAAACAAACAUAUUACAGCUAUUGGACUUUGUAAAUGGGGAAGUAUAAAAGAUGUAGAAACACUUACAAAGCUAGAUAAGAAAGAAUCGGAGAAAUCUGAUAAAAUGCGUGAUGGCGGUAUAGAAAAAAAACGUGAAAGUGGUCAACGUGAUCUAGAAAUGAAUCAUACUCAUUAUUUGAUGUUAGAUGAUGGAAGAUUUAGAUUCUAUGAUACAGAAGAUUACCGAACAAAAUUAUGUCUUCAAUUAGCAAAACUACAACACGAAACUGAUCUUCCUCGUAAGUUUUAGUAGUCUAUGAAUACUUUGCUUUUAUUGAAUAACGAUGUAAUUAUAUAACAAUACAUAAAUUUAACCUAACGGUUAACGGAGAAAAAUUUCACUAAGAGGUUAAUGUAAGAUAUACGCUACUAUUUUCUUCUGAAAAAUGAAUGCUUUCAAAGAUUUUUUAAACACACGUCUAUCAAAAACUAAUGGAGUAUACGACAUCACUUGAUAGAGCAUUUAGCAAAUUGAAAAACGUUAUUUUUAUAGUAGUUUAAUGUAAAAUUAUACUAACUGGUAUAUAUAGUUGUCGUACUUAACUCUUUCCGGCUGGAUGUUGGUAAAUGGCAACAUUUCAUCUUAGGGGAGUGCGGUAUUUUUUCGAAUAGACAACGGGAAAUGGUUAAUUGAUGAAAUUUACAAAUCAUCAUAUUAAUCUCGUUUUUUUAUGUAGACAAGUGUAGAAAUAGAUAAUUAUAAAAUAACUGGAGAUAAAUUAGAAUUGACAUUGAAAACUUCCAAAGCACUGAGAGUUUAACACUAAUAUCUUAGUUCAUAAGAUUUAAUAUUAAUAGUCAUGAGAGAUAAAACUUUUUAAUACAAUUUACUCUAUAAUGAAUGUUAUACUAACGAAACAUAUUCGAUCAUAACAAAAUGAGACAGUCAGUAAUUACUGGAGUAGGUAUUCAUUUUAUGAAAUAGUAUGGAAAACUUACUCAUAUUACUGUGAUUCUGCGUGUAAAAGACAAGUUUUCGAGUUAGGAAUAUAAACGCUCGAUUUUAUCAAAGAAUUUUAGGUCUUCCCACGAUGAUAACACUAAAAUGAAAUAUUUACGACUUCGAAAUCUUCAUAUUUUUGACUGAAACAAUAUUCUUAAAAAGUUGUCUGUUAUUAUUGGCUUUUAAUGUUGAGCUAAAAUCUUGUAAGAAAUAAAUAUUGUACAUUUGAAGCGUACUCUUAAUACCUCUCAUUAAGCUGUUUUCUAUCUGAAACUGAUUGCUAUUCUCACGAAUAUGUUAUUCGUUUUUUCUGUAAUUCAUUAUGAUGUUUAAAGCACUUCGUAGAUAAUCUUCAUAGUAAUCAUAUAUUA